GCAUAUUCACACACACUCUGGCAGUCUUGUCACUCUGACUAAUAGUCACUCCAAAGUUACUUUGCUGUUGACAACAUGGACAUGUCAAACAGGAGGAUAAUCAUAUUGGGAAAAACUGGAGCUGGGAAAAGCAGCCUGGCUAACACCAUAGUUGGAGAAGAUCUCUUUACAACACACAGCUCUUCCAAUUCUGGAACAGCGAGAUGUCAGUCAGGCGUCAGAUAUGUCUAUGGAAGAAGCAUCAAAUUGGUCGACACUCCUGGUUUCUUCGAUACUGAUAGAUCUGAGAGAGAGCUGAAGUCUGAGAUAUUGAGGUGUAUCAUAGAGUGCGCCCCUGGACCUCAUGCUUUUCUCAUUGUGCUCAAAGUGGAGAGAUUCACAGAGCACGAGCAGGCUGUCAUUGCCAAAAUACAAAAAUAUUUUUCCGAAGAAGCUUUUAAAUAUGCAACCAUUGUCUUCACUCAUGGUGAUCAGCUCCCUGAAGGACAGACAAUUGAGGAUUUUGUCUACAAGAAUGAGUUUGUGACCAAUCUUGCGGAGAAGUGCGGAGGCCGCUGCCACGUCGUUGAUAAUAGAUACUGGAGGAACAACCAACAGGAUGAAUACAGGAACAACCACUUCCAGGUGGAGGAGUUACUCAAGACUAUAGACAAGACAGUGCUGGCAAACCAAGGAAGAUGCUACACCAAUGACGUGCUACAAGCAAUGGAGGAGGCAAUGCAAGAGGAGCUCAAGAGAGCAAGAGUGCAAAGUGAGCAGUCUCGUUCUUGCUGCUUGGUGGUACCCCGAGAGUUCAGCAUCAGUUCCCUUCUCUUCACCGAGCCAAUUUCAAACAGGAGAAUUGUCAUCUUGGGAAAAACUGGAGCUGGGAAAAGCAGCCUGGCUAACACCAUAUUCGGUGAAGAACUGUUCAAGAUCGACCACAGUCUCAACUCUGGAACAAGAGAGUGUCAAGCAGAAACCAGAUCUGUCAAUGGAAGAAGCAUUACUUUGAUCGACACUCCUGGUUUCUUUGAUACAAAUCAACCCGAGGAGGAGCUGAGGCAUGAGAUAGUGAGGUGUAUCACAGAGUGCGCCCCUGGGCCUCAUGCUUUUUUCAUUGUGCUUGGAGUGGAGAGAUUCACAAAGCACGAGCGGGCUGUAAUUGACAAAAUACACCAAUACUUUUCUGAAGAAGCUCUAAAAUAUGCAACCCUUGUCUUCACUCAUGGUGACCAACUCGAUAAAGGACAGACCAUUGCGGAUUUUGUCUACAAGAAUCAGUUGGCCACCAAUCUUGUGAAUAAGUGCGGAGGCCGCUGCCACGUCAUUGAUAACAAAUACUGGAGGAACAACCAGGAUAAUUACAGGAACAACCACGUCCAGGUGGAGAAGUUACUCAAGACUAUAGACAAGACAAUGCUGGCAAAUCAAGGAAGAUGCUACACCAAUGAGGUGCUACAAGCAGUGGAGAAAGAAAUACAACAAGAGGAGCGCAUUAGACAGUCACCAGGAAAUAUGUCAGAGGAAGAGAUCAGGGAGCAGGCUAAGGGAAGGGUAUCCAAGAAGAUUUCGAUCAAACUGGCAGCUUUUGCUAACAUGGAAGGGACAGCUACAGAGAGUGGACCAACAGCAGGUCCCUCAUCAUCUCCUGCCAAUGUUUCUGAGGAUGUGAAACAAGAAACAGACACAGAGAGUGAAGAAGAGGCAGGUCCCUCGUCAUCUCCUGUUACUGAGGGCGUGAGAGAAGAGUCAACCACAAGAAGAAUUGUCAUCUUAGGAAAAACUGGAGCUGGAAAAAGCAGCCUGAUUAACACCAUACUUGGAGAGGAACUGUUCGCAAUCAACGACAGUCUCAACUCUGGAACAAGAAAAUGUCAAGCAGAAACCAGAUGUGUCAAUGGAAGAAGCACCACCCUGAUUGACACUCCUGGUUUCUUUGAUACAGAUAUAUCUGAGGAGGAGCUGAAGCCUGAGAUAUUGAGGUGUAUCACAGAGUGCGCUCCUGGGCCUCAUGCUUUUCUCAUUGUGCUUAAAUGGGAGAAGUUCACAGUUCAUGAGAAGGAUAUAGUCAACAAAAUAAACCAAUACUUUUCUGACAAAGCUUUAAAAUAUGCAACACUUGUCUUCACUCAUGGUGACCAGCUCCCUAAAGGAAAGACAAUUGAGAAUUUUGUCCAAGUAAAUCCGUUUGUAAAAGACCUGGUGGAGAAGUGCGGAGGCCGCUGUCACGUCAUUGACAAUAAGUACUGGGAUGAAAGGUCAGAGUUUGAAUACAGGAGCAACCGGUUCCAGGUGAAAAAACUACUCGAGUCUAUAGACAUGAUAAUUGAGGCAAACAAAGGAGGCUGCUACACCAAUGAGAUGCUACAAGAUGUGGAGAAAAAAAUACAACAAAAGGAGGAGGAGGUUAGACAGUCACCAGAAAAUAUUUCAGAGGAAGAAAUCAGAGAGCAGGCUAAGGACAGCGUGUUUGAGAAGCUUUCGAUAAAAUGUGCAGGUAUUGGAACAGGUUUACUGUUAGGAGCUUUUUUUGGAGUAUUAUUGUGUAAUGGCAUAACUGACAUAGCUGGAUUGAACCAAAUGACAAUGACAUAUGCUGCAACAGGACUGGGAGCAAUGACAGGAAUGUUAGUGGGAAUUGAUGCAGCUGAGGGAGCAACCACACGACAGGAAGCAGCACGGGCGGCAGCAGAGAAUGUCGCAAGUGGAACUCAAUUUCUGUUAGAUAAAAUAAAUGAAAUUAUCGAAAGACUAUGGCCCCGGAGAUAGAGCAGGCUGUCCAUUGAUGAGAAGAUCGGCAGUUCGAUCCCAAUCCGCAUGUCACAAUAUCCUUAGGCAAGAUACUAAACCUCCAAUUGCUGUUUGAGUGCGUGGAUGUCAUAACUAAGUAGAGGGUAGCACUUUGUAUGGUAGCCUCGGCCACCAGGAUGUGUAUAGGUGAAUGUAGUGUUAAGGUGAUUUUAUGGUUGUGUGUCGGCUCAAACAUGUUUUUGUAUUUAUAUUUAUGCAGUUGAGUGUUGCUCUUCACGUCUAAAAUGUUGUGGGGUUUCUAUAAAGUGCUGUAAAGAUUGAAAACAGACCUAAAACAAACAUUAAGCAUGGCUUAAGAGUGACAAUAUCAAACACAAGUACAUAAAUUAGCUCCUUUCUAUUUCACAAAUUCACCCUUUCUUUUACUCAACACGUUUUCCCCACAGAUACAACAUUAUAAGUGCAAGCCUAUGACAUGUUACAUAGCAGAAAUUAGUGGGCAUAGUUCUUUAAUAUGAACAUUUGUUUUAAAAAAGUGUUUUCAAGGUUUAUAACAUAUACUGUAAACGGUA